CCACCCCGGACAGUAUCGCGCGCCGAACCUGGUUAGCUGAAGGGCGGAGGGAUUUGGAGCCGGCUGGCCGAGAGCGGGCGGGCGCUGUGUGAGGGAGGCUGUGCUCCCCGGGCCCGGGCCCGGCCCAGCUGUAGGACGGAAGGACGGACGGACUGACAGAAGGACGGACCGAGGGAGGAUGAGCGGCGGGAGGCGGAAGGAGGAGCCGCCGCAGCCGCACCUGGCCAACGGUGCCCCGAAGAGCUCGGCCUGGAGCAAAGCGCUGCGGAGCGACGCGGCCUGGGAGGACAAGGAUGAAUUUUUAGAUGUGAUCUACUGGUUCCGUCAGAUCAUUGCAGUUGUCCUGGGCGUCAUUUGGGGAGUGGUGCCACUGAAGGGCUUCGUGGGAAUAGCAGUAUUCUGCCUGAUCAAUGCUGGAAUCUUGUACCUCUACUUCAGCAGCUUCCAACAAAUUGAUGAGGAAGACUAUGGUGGGACAUGGGAGCUCACAAAGGAAGGGUUUAUGACGUCUUUUGCACUGUUUAUGCUCAAAGGACACUGAUGGAAACUGGCCCAAAGGAGGAAGGAGGAAACAAAACAGAUGAUAGAUGAGUCAAAGAGAUGGGACAAUGACCAAAAAAAAUCAGGAACGGGCCCCAGAUGGAGCAGUUUAGGCAGGGAGGGUGUGGAAAGAAGCCAUCUGCUGAAAAGAGAAUAGGAUUGGCUCUCUCUUAGGGACAAAAGUUACAGCCCAGGGAAGCUGAAGAUUUUCACCAUUACAUCGGGGCCAGUUUUUGUCCACUUGGAUUUGCAGACAGCCUUCUUGGUGCCUUCUCAAGUCUGGAAUUCUGUGGGGAACUAGCUACUAAUUAAUUCUACCCUGGAUGAAAAGGCAGGCUAGAGGAGGAAGGCCCAAGUCUCACAAGAAGAUGGAGAAUCGGUCAAUGAAAGCAUUGGGGCCAGCUUCUAGGGAAGGAUUUUACUUUCUUGGGCUUUGGUGCUAUUCUAGUUGAGUAACUUGGGCCAAGAAAAGGCUUAAGUGCCCCGACUGAGCAAAUUCUAGGACCCAUUUUGAGGGGUACCACUAACCCAUGCUGCCACACAGGAAGAAGAAAUGCUUUUGAAGAAAAGUCUGCCCAAGGAGCUCUUGCACAGCACUUCCUCAAAGUCUGCAGAGGAAAGAGGGCACAAGAUAACUCUUCA